AUGGGCACUGGGAGUACAGCGCGGGAGAAGAGUUACGGGCAACCCGUCGAAAAGCAGAAAGGUCCAACUCGCCUGGCUUUGAUAAUAUCUGGCGCAUUCGCUCUUUUCAUCAUCAUUGCCUCCGGUCUUUGUUCGGGACUGGGUCUGAGGCUAAACCAUGAGCGCAUUGCCGUGCCUCCGGUAGAAACCAAUACAAGCGGCGGCACUGCCAGCUCUCCAACGCUGCCGCCAUGGAGACGGGACAUGUCCGAGUAUGAUUUGGACAUGGAUAGCUGGGAUAUCGAUGCCGAACCUACGACACGAAACUAUAACUUCGUACUAUCGGAGGUCACCGCAGCUCCCGAUGGGGUCGUUCGACAGUUGUUUGUCAUUAAUGGGCAAUUUCCAGGCCCUCUCAUUCGGGCAAACCGAGGAGACCGGAUCGUGGUUAAUGUGACAAACCACCUAUCCGAGCCUACUUCUAUGCAUUGGCAUGGGAUGUUUCAAAACGGUACCAACUGGAUGGAUGGCACUGCCGGAAUCACCCAGUGCCCUAUCCCUCCGGGAAAGAGCUUCCUUUAUAAUUUCACCGUCGAAAAUCAAUAUGGAACCUUCUGGUACCAUUCCCAUUAUUCCACCCAGUACAUGGAUGGUCUUUUUGGUCCUCUCAUAGUCCACUCUCCGGAAGAAGCUCGUUUCAGAGAGCUUUAUGACCAUGAUCAAGUUGUGAUUCUCCAAGAUUACUAUCACAACGUUUCCUCGACUCUUAUCCCCGGGUACCUUGCCCCUGGGAAUGAGAACAAUGAACCUGUCCCGGAUAAUGGUCUUCUGCAGGGGACCAACUACUUCAAUUGUUCAUCUCUGGCGACUGCCAGUGGCUAUAUCUGCCACGACAACUCCACCAGAGCAGCGAUCCCAGUGCAAAGGAACAAGAGACACCGUCUUCGACUGAUCAACGCGGGCGGAUUCGCGGAGUUCCAGUUCUCUAUAGAUAACCAUACUCUAUCAGUUAUCGAGGCAGACGCCACCAUGGUGGAACCGUUAGAAGUGCAUCGGCUUGAGAUCUCUGUUGCUCAGCGUUAUUCAGUCAUUCUGACAGCUGAUCAAGAAGCGGGAAAUUAUUGGAUCCGUGUAGACAUGAACACUUUGUGUUUCACGGCCAGAAAUCCCCUUCUCGACCCCGCUAUAAAGGGUAUCCUAACAUAUACAAACACCAGUACCGAUCCGGAAGAGGGAAUCUCCACAGACUGGUCAGAUGCAAGAAAUGUCCUGUGUCAAGACCUAAAUUCCACCUUACUCGUCCCAGCUGAGCCGGAAUCUCCACCUCCAGCUGAUGUGGUCUACUCUCUCAAAUUCGCAUUUAUGAUCGGAGCGUAUACUUUAUCUCGGGCAUACGUCAACGAGUCAGUCUCAUGGACGGUUCCCGACGUUCCGACUUUGAACACCGCAGUUUCGGGUCUCCGUUCUGGAAACCAGACGUUUAAUACGACCGGAGUGGCCCCCUCGUAUGGAUUCGAGAACCAGUAUAUUAUCAGCAUCCCUGAGAACCAGGUAGUCGAUCUCUUGAUAACGAACAUGGACGAGGGAGCGCACCCUUUCCAUCUCCACGGUCACGAAUUCUGGGUCAUGGCCACAUCCCCAGAGCAAUAUUUCCCCUGGCACACAUAUGGGUCGCUUAACACGACGAAUCCUCUACGGAGAGAUACCGUGACGGUUGACGCCUACGGAUGGGCUCUCAUCCGGUUUCGCAGUGAUAACCCAGGAAUGUGGGCUUUCCACUGCCAUAUCACCUGGCACAUGGAGGCUGGACUCCUGGUACAAUUCCAGACGCGCAACGACUUGAUGAAAGAUUGGACGCUACCAGAGGAUGUACUCGGUCUAUGUGAAGCAUGA